AUGGCGGCGGCGCGCGGCCGGGGAGGCCCCCCGCGGUGGCGGCGGCGGCUGUGGCUGUGAGCGGCGGCGGCGAUGCGCGGCGUUCCCGGCCACGAUGGAGGACCGGUCUCACAAAGUGCUGCUGGCGCUGGUGAUGCUCUUCCUCUUUGCUGUGAUCGUGCUGCAGUACGUCUGCCCGGGCACCGAGUGCCAGCUCCUGCGGCUCCGCGCCCUCAGCCCCGCCGCUGUCGCCGACCCGUACCGGGCGGAGGACGAGACGCCGGCGCGUUUCGUUCCGCGUUUCAAUUUCUCCGCGGACGACUUGCUGCGGCGGGUGGACUUCAACAUCAAGGGCGACGACCUGAUCGUCUUCCUGCACAUCCAGAAGACGGGCGGUACCACCUUCGGCCGGCACCUGGUCCGCAACAUCCAGCUGGAGCAGCCCUGCGAGUGCCGCGCCGGGCAGAAGAAGUGCACCUGCCACCGGCCCGGCAAGCGGGAGACCUGGCUCUUCUCCCGCUUCUCCACCGGCUGGAGCUGCGGGCUGCACGCCGACUGGACAGAGCUCACCAACUGCGUUCCCUCCGUGGUGGACAGCAAGAAGGAGGUGCGGCUCCGGCCCUCCAGGAACUUCUACUACAUCACCAUCCUGCGUGACCCCGUCUCCCGGUACCUGAGCGAAUGGCGGCACGUCCAGCGAGGGGCCACGUGGAAGGCGUCCCUGCACGUCUGCGACGGGCGCUCCCCCACCACCGAGGAGCUGCCCAGCUGCUACACGGGGGACGACUGGUCGGGCUGUACCCUGCACGAGUUCAUGGAUUGCCCCUACAACCUCGCCAACAACCGCCAGGUCCGCAUGCUGUCCGACCUCAGCCUGGUGGGAUGCUACAACCUGUCGGUCAUGCCCGAGGAGCAGAGGAAUAAGGUUCUGCUGGACAGCGCCAAGGAGAACCUGAAGCGGAUGGCCUUCUUCGGCCUGACCGAAUUCCAGCGGAAGACUCAGUAUCUGUUUGAGAAGACUUUCAACAUGAACUUCAUCUCGCCGUUCACGCAGUACAACAGCACAAGGGCCUCCAGCGUGGAGAUAGACGAGCAGACUCAGCAGCGCAUCGAGGCCCUCAAUUUUUUAGACGUGGAAUUGUACGAUUAUGCAAAAGACCUGUUUUUGCAGCGGUACCAGUACAUGCGGCAGAAGGAGCACCAGGAAGCGCGGCGGAAACGCCAGGAGCAGCGCAAGAUCCUGCGGGCGCAGCAGGCCAGGCUGCGGGACCGCGGCGGCAACGCCUCCAGCACUGACUACAUAGGCAAUGUGGAGCGGUGGCGGCGGUAGUGGAAGCCCAGCCCAGCCAACCCGCACGGCCGAGCAGCCCAACCGAAGGAGGGUUUGAAGCAAAAAGAGGUUCAAAUGUUGCCUUUGCAGUUGCCUUUGCAGUAAAUGUUGUACUGUACGUGGAACACUUAAUCUUAGCGUGUAAUUAAGUUGUCCUUUUUAGGUUUGUUGGAUUGUUUAUGAAGCGGAGGAGCUGAGGAGGCUCGUUGGAAAUGGGCGCUCGGACGGUUGUUUAACCGUAACAGGAGGGAAAAAAAUCAAAUCCCUACAUUAGUUCCGAGUACAAAACGGGAUGCUGGAAAAUGUUCACGAUGCUCAGCUGAAAUCUAUCUGGGAAGCAAACUCAUUUCCUAAUAAUGAGCAUUUAGCACACUCUCACAUCAGUGUUUGAGCAAAACCUUUUCCCUUUGAUUUUCUCUUAAUUUCAUUUUACGAAUGCGUUUCCAAGGGCACCAACUGCUGACGAUAUUUACCCAGCUAAUGAGCGGGCCAUGGAGGGAACCACAAAGGUCUAGGAAAAAAAAUACUGACUAGUUUUAUGUAUAAUAUUGGCUUUUCAAAGGAAUAGAAGUAAUUUCUCUAGUUAUAUAAAUAUUUAAACUUUUAAAACUUUUUCUACCUGCUGCUGUUUAGAGUUUUAAGCUUGAUCUGUCUCAUAUUAAAAGAAAAAGACAAAAAAAAAAGACAUGCAUACUUUUCUGAACUCAAUGCCAAUGCUAAAGACACUGUUUCCAGAAUCUUUCAGGGCAAUAUGAUUUUAACCAUUCUGGGAAAAAAAGUUACAGCACAUCUUUCAUGUUUCAUAAAGCCUUUUCCAAAUUACAGUCCUGUGACAGUGUCCGAUUUUAAGUCUUUCUCACCCGUUAGGAUGCGUAGUGCUGAAUUUAUCGCUCCUUAAUGACUGGUGGUAUGAACCAGAUGAAGUUAUGUUGCAGAUAUUUGUGUAGUGUCUUUAAAAAAAACAUAAAACUCUCUAAUCCCAGCAAUAUUAUGCCGAGAAUUGCUCAAUGGAAGAAGUAGAUUUACACUCGAGUUAGGAUUUACUUCCAGUAAAUCUUUGCUACACCAGAUAAGAACGCGGCUGGUUUUUUUUCUUCCUACGUUCUUGAGUCCUUCUCAGCGGUGACAGGUGAGCAGUGAUUCAAAAUGAGGGAAACCAGUUUUACCAUAGCCAUAGUUUGACAGGAUGGGAAGGUUGGGUGGUGCAGGGGUGCUCCAGAGCGGGCUGUGCUGGGCACAGGGUGCAGAGCGGUACCUGGACUGGGCACCCCGCAGCCCUUCAGCCUCCCCGAGACCCACCGGGACAAGGAGACGGGGCAGGAGGUGCCAGGGGCUCCUAUGAAUUUCUAUGCAAAACAAAACAAAACCCCAACCUCUGCAAGGCUUGGGCUGGACAGUCAGCAAGGUCAGAGGUUUCGGUGGUAGCCUGUGACGCCGCUGAACCUGGCACCGACGCGCGGCCACGGAGGCACCCGAGAGGGGCUCCCCGUGCCGCGCUACACGAUGCUCACAAGGCUCACUUGCACUAUUGCCUUUCGCCUGUAAUAUUCCAUACACCAGGAGGGCAGGGGGACAUAAAAGGAGGCAGAAGGCUUUAGAAACAUCCGAUGGCUUCGUGCCUAAGUGGUUGGAAAGUGUUUUACAUCUGGUGUUGUAGGGUGACCCUGGGGCAGCAAUCCUGCCGGGGGCAAGUGGAGGGCAGAGCGGCAGCAAACCAGUACCCUGCAGUACCAGCCUGGAAAGGAGAACAACUUCUUGUACAGCAAUUUUGGGUUUGUUUUGUUUUUUUAAAUGAGAACUGCAGUUGCCAAUAUGAUGUCUCGGUUGUAUUUUGGUUUUUAUGGGAGAGCAUAACUCGCUCUUAAAACUGAAAGGCACUGCUGUAAACAGGACUUAACCGUGGGCGAGCUGGAGGGCCUGUUGCAGGAGGUGCAUUUUGUUUUUAUGCUGUGGUGUGCAUGGUUUACAGAGCCUAGUUGCAUUUUCUUUGUGUAUACUGUUUAUUGUAAAUAGGGGAUGUACGAAUAUAAGGAUACCAUUUUGUCAUAACCAUAUCAAAUCCUACUGAUUUCCACUGUAGACGCUGUCUUAUUGUGUAGAUUUACAGGCCGAUCCACUGACUUUGAUUGUGUAAUUUAACAAUAGAACUGGUAAAUAAAAUUUAAC